GUGUUUCUUUUCUCAUUUAAUUAUUUUGUCUAAUUUCUAUUAGCAUCAUUAGCUUGAUUGCCUUUCAUAUGCAUGUAUUUUCUGUUAUAAGGGGCGGAUUUAAGAGUUAUACAGUUAAGAAAAAGAAUAUAAAUCUAUUACUACUAAUUAUUUUGAACCCAAAAAUUUUGGAUCCGCCUCUGUAUAUUAUGUUUACUUUUCUAUAGUGUUUUCUGUGAACUGAUCAGAUUGGAUAUGCUAGUUAGUAUUUUUUUUCCUUACCACUUUUUUUUAGGUAUCAUUGCGAGAUUGUUGGAUCAUUUCAUUGAGAAUAUAUUCAAUGAUCUGUUAUAAGUUUUUAAAUCUUGAUUUGGAUCUUGAAAUCUGAUAAAUUACCCAAAUUACAAAAUUAUUUGAUCCAGGAUUGAGUUAAUAAUUAAAUUUCCUACUGCUUUUGUCUUUAGAGCCGAAAGAUGGAGAAUAAUAGGGUGCCUUAAAUAACAAUCAAGAAGAAAGAAAAGCAACUUUAUAGCUUGAUGCCACCGCCACUAUUUGUUUUUUCUAUGGUUCUAUUACAAUCCAUGAUUCCUGUAAUGCUAAUUUAAUUUUAUAUAUGUUCAUGUCUUUGGAUGUAUAUAUGUCAAUAUGUUAAAAGUAGUAUUUUAUUUGCUAAAAUGAUUGUAUUAGCUGCUCAUCAUGUGAUUGGAAAAUGCUUCUCCUCCUAGCUAGGCAUUUCAUUUCAUGACCAAGCAAAGUCAUUGGCCAUUUUGGAUUUCACAUGGAUUGAAACACUAAAAUAAUACAGCUAAGACAACCAAAAUUGAAUGUGUCUUAGCACAUUGGAUCUCUCUUUAAUAUUAACCUGUUGAGUAGGAUAUCAGAAUCAUUUUAGAUAUUAGACUAUAUUGCAUUCCUUCAUAAGUUGUGAAAACCCCAAACUUCUUAAAUUACAUAAUUUCCUUGUUAGAUCAUUUUUCAUUGCUUCCAAGAAAUUGAGGAAACUUAUUCCCGGUACAUGUAUAUUAUAAUGAAAUUGCAGAGGAACAAGAUCUGAUGAGUCAUAUUCUCCGAUAGCAAAUCGAAGGGCUUGUGAUCAAUCACAAUUUGGUAAUAUUCUUCUCAUCAUCAAUCUUGUUGUGAUAAUAAGCAAAGCAAGAAAAUGGAUGAACAUGGAGGAGGAAGCAAGGUGUCAGGUAUUAGACAAAUUGUGAGACUCAAAGAGUUGUUGCAUAAAUGGCAAAAUGUCACUCUUAGUCCCAAAGGUACAAAUGAGCAUCCACUUCAAUCAUCCAAUAUGAAUAGUAAUGGCAAUUUCCAUGGAGGAAUAUCACCUGCUAUUACAAAGAGGCUAAAGAGCUCCAAUGUAUGUUGUGAUUCGGACGACGAGAGUUGCCAUAGUCCAGAGCCACCGCAUGGUGUCCCUAAAGGUUAUUUAGCAGUUUACGUUGGACCGGAGCUUCGAAGGUUUAUAAUUCCUACAAGCUACCUUAGUGAUCCCUUGUUCAAAGUGUUGCUGGAAAAAGUUGAGGAAGAGUUUGGAUUUGAUCAUACUGGUGGACUUACUAUUCCUUGUGAGAUUGAGACAUUCAAGUACCUAUUGCAAUGCAUGGAGAAUCAUCAGAGAGAUCAUGGUGCUGAUCCUCAACAUGAUUCUGCUGGAUCUUCAUUGGCAAUUGAGGGGUGAUUAACUACUAUGGUCUUAGUGAUGGUUGAAUCUUUAGGGAUGAUUUUUUGUUUCUUUUCUUUACUUCUUCUGGUGUUAAAUUAAGCUAAGAUACGAUCUCCUUGUAAUGCAGAUUUGGCAAUUCUUUUUUUUUUUUUUCUUUUACUUGUACCUUUGUAUUCAAAAUUGAUAAAAAACGAAAGGGAAAAAAAAGAAAAGAAAAAAAAAAAAGGAAAAAAGAGGGUCUGUCUAGGUAGUUAGAUUUUAACAAGGUUCAUUGGGAAGAGAAACAACAGAAACCCUUUGACCAGUUGCUGGAAAUAACCUACAAUAUUUUAGUGGUUAUUGACUGUUGCAUUUUUAGGCAAUAGCCAAGUGUAUUUUACAACUGUCCAUGCAACUUGAAUAACCUGAAGCUUUGGUUUUGUCUAUAUUUAUUACUACUGCUCCAUUUGACGAGCUACAUCUUCUUUCAGACUUACCUCGUCUUGCAAUAGUUGCAAUCAAGAAUAAUACGAAUAGUUUUUAUCUACUCCUUUAUGAUUACUGAAGGGUCGAUUUGGAAUAUCUGCAAGAGGAAUAUAAUCUUGGUAACAUGCUUAUGUUUCCAAGGUCUCCAGCAUGAUAUCUUAAUAGAAGAUUUAACAGAAUAUUUAAACUGAUGAAAUAGUUAUUUCUCUUUCUUCCGCAAAGAAUGACACUGCUAAAUUAACGUGUUACAGCUAAGCAAUUUACUUGCACCAUUGGAGGUAAGACAUGACAAUAUUUGUUAGGAUAUUACAGAGUACUAGGUAAUCGCGCCUCAAACC